AUGAACUCCAAGUACAUAUACCCGGUAGGAUAUCCGGCACAUGGUCUCUUCUCCACCGCCACCUCGCCGACAUCGAGCAACGACGCGGGUGUCGACAUCAUCGACAGACAUGCUGCUGUAGAUCUUUUGGGAAACCAAACGCCCACCUUAGGAGGAAGGAAGCGAUCUGACUCGUCUGUAGCUGCGGUUGAUCUCUUGGGUAACCCGACUCCCACGUACGGAAUAAGGAAGCAAUCUGCAUCGCCUGUCAUCCCUGCGAACGGGCAAUGCCCUUCCGCCGAGGUGCCGGCUCCAGUCAACGUGGUCGCAGAAGUUUCAGCGCAGCGGGCUUCAGUGCCGCCCAGCCGUUACGCCUAUCUGCUGCGUCGACGAGAGAGGGCUAGUGCCAGCAGUGCGCAAGCCGAAAUGUGGCGAAUCACCCGCGAUGGCCCUGAACAGAUUCCACUAUCUUCACGACUGCAAUUCACGCCACUUGACGAGAUCGACGACUACGGGAACAACGAGUCUGUCAACGUCGUAGCCACGGUCGCCUCGGUGGAAGGCCUCAUUCAGCCGAUGACUUGCCCGUUCUGGCCGGUCGCCAUUACCGACUCGCCGGGUCACACACGAACUCUACGAGUCUUCCUACGCCACGAGGCCAAUGUGGAGCUCCAGGUGCCGCUGCAGGCGCUUGAGCCGGACGACGUUAUUAUUGUGCUCCAGGCUUCGGUCUACAAUGGCAGCCUGUCUGCGUUCGACAAGACGUCGAUUCUCAUCGCUAAGGACCGAGAGAGUGGAAGACCGCGAUUGCGACCACUACCUGAGCGCCUCGGCAUUUGA